UUCAGGAGCCAGGAAUGUUUGUGACCCCGCCAGGGCUCUGGGACACAGCAUAAAAGCCUGCGCUGCUUCUGGCUCCACAUGCUCCUCUCUUGCCUCCCUGUCCUCCAGGAACGAGCUGUGCCUCCCUCACCGAGAGAUGUCUUGCUUCAGACCCUGUCUCCCUCGCCCCUGCGGAGCCUCUGGCCCAACCCCGCUCGCCAGCAGCUGCAGUGAGCCCUGCGUGGCCCGCUGCGCUGACUCGACGGUGGCCAUCGAGGCCUCGCCGGUGGUGGUGACCCUGCCGGGCCCCAUCCUCACCUCUUUCCCCCAGAGCACAGCCGUGGGAUCCUCUCUGUCGGCUGCUGUGGGGAGCUCCCUCAGCGCCGGGGGGGUUCCCAUCUCUUCUGGGGGCUCCCUUGGUCUGGGGGGGUCAGGGCUGUGCCUGCCCGUUCCCCGCUGCAGUCUCAACUGCUGA